AUGGUACUUACAGACGUAAAUAGCAGUCCGAAACAAAGAGCCACUUUAUGGGAUUUUAUACUUUUCUUUUUCAUAUUCGGUGUAAUUUUAGGGUGUAUAAAGCUUUAUGAGAUUCUAAAAUCAAAAAUUAAAAAAAUUAUUCAAAGAAGAAAAGGUUAUAUAACUGAGAAUGAAGAUGAAGUCAGCAAUUUAAAAGUUAUUGAUGAUAUUAAAAUCAAUGAAUGUGAUCAAUAA